AGUUUUCUAUCAUUCAAUGCAACAAAGUAAUUUACGCUAUAUAUUGUUAGGACAAUGCCGUUCAUGAAAGAAGACUAUUUGCUGAAAGCUAUCAAACACUUUUCCAAAACUGAUUACUUUUUAAAAGAAGAAAGAAAAAAAAACUGGUUUUUGAGAAGGAUAAAAAAAUUCGAGAAACGAUAUAAGAAAUCAAAAUCCCAAUCCCUUUUUACAGGUACAAAAUCGGAACUAAAAUCAGCACUCGAGAUUGUUUUUAAAAAGGAAAUGGAUGGCAGUGGAUUUGUCUGUAUACGCAAAAACCACAGUAUUAUAAAAGUGUUUUUGAUGAUGUAUCUAUACUAUGCCAUGGAAUCCGUGUCAGACCAGUUAUAUGAUAUCUUAGGAUCAGUAAACCUAAGAUUUGGAUAUGCAAUCUCCAUUGAAAAAAUGUUACUGGAAACCAUAAUCGGCACCAAAAAAGACCUUAGAGAACUCUUAAUUUUGAGCGGAAGUAUCCAGAAUGAUGAGAACGUCAAAAAGGCUCAUAUAGUUACCCGGGGAGAAGAAUGUCUGUCAAUGAUUCAAUCCCAUUUUAAAAUGGUUUUACCCAUCAAAUCUUAUUUUGUAUUGGCCCAGUUAAACGAAGAGUAUAUACAGCUUACCUUGAAUCAAGUCGUUCAAACAGUGACAGAUGAAGAAGAUGCGGCAUCUAUUAUCAUUCAAGACGAAAUAAUAUUAAUUAUAAGCAUUUAUGAUUCCUUAUGUGAUCAUAUAUGGAAGCAUAUUGCAAAUAUAAGUGCGCUUAUAACUCCUUGUGAGGAACACGAAGAAGAUAAUCAUGUACUUAAAUAUUGUCUUUCAAAUGAAGGUUAUAAAUCGUUUAAAUCCCACAUGAAAAGACACCUUUUAAAAAAGGUGGUAACUCCUUUCGAUAUGAAAGACAAAAUUCAGAUUAGCGACAGUUGCAUGUGCAGCCUGCAACUAUCAACACGCGAUAUCAUUGAAAUAGCUCUCAAACCAUUAAUGCGAAAUAUUGCCAACACUGUAUCAUCUUCACUAGUCAAUAAGAGCAUGUUUGGAAACUAUACUACUAUAUCUUAUUUAUUCGCUUCGGUGUAUUUUAAGUAUGGUCCAGAAUUUACACUAGAAUCUAUCUUAGCAGAAGAACUAAAAAGUAGCAUUGAGCUAAAAGAAGUCGGGACACAGAGUUAUACCAUGUUGAAUUCGUUUCAUCAUUUGUUGGAAGUGGGUCAGCGGCCAUAUUCGUACACAAGUUUUUUGAUGGGUCAACUACACCAAGUCUCAAAUGAGACAUAUGGAUUUUAUGUGGAUACAGUUUAUAAUCCAAAUGCAACGUUGUACUACAAAAAUGACACUGCAAAUACUAUAAAAAAUGGUCAUGCUGCGAUACUAUUGAAACGAGGCCAAGUAAUCGACUCAGUUGGAUUAAAAAAGAUAUUCUAUAUCAAACAAGCAUACGUUAAUACCUAUGGCACUGGUGAUAUUGAGAUUGUAUUUAUAAGAUGGAGGCAAGCUAUCGAGCCAAAAGAUACCAUCUCCCUAGAGUCUCAUUCGUAUGAUAUGGUGAAAUCCGUUACUGUAAGCUACGAUAGUGAUGAUUAUGAAGCAAACCUUCCGCUCUUAAUCACAUUGCGAGCCAAGAAUUACUCCUCUUUUCUUCAGUUUUCUGCAAAGCUGGUUGGCCAAGAUGAUACUUCCAAAAGACAAGAUUUCAUUGAUUUAGGGGAACCGCUGACUUUAGCAAGAUUUUGAUGCUUUCAAUUGAAACCAACAAAUUAAUAUCGCACGAGCAUUUCGAACUACCUCAAAUGACAUUUCCUUUAAAUUUAACCCCAUGACGGGUAUAUACA